CCCACUCUAGGCUUGGUUGAGCCGUGCAGAUAACUUCUCAAAACAAGAAGUUUUUCUGCCUGCUCCUGCCUGGUGACUGAGGGGAUCACUGACUCCCUGUCUGCUAUUUCUGAAUCUUGUCUGAACUAUUCGGACACUAUGAAUGCGAUUCGGGCGCCUCGUAAGUCUGUUCUCAGGGGAGGCAGAAAGGGGCCGAGGAGCUGGCCUCGGCACCGGGAGAGGCUGGACUUCCUGUUUCUGUGUGCUGAAUGGCUGCGAUGGCGCCCGCUCUCACUGACGCAGCAGCCGAAGCACACCACAUCCGGUUCAAGCUGGCUCCCCCAUCCUCCACCUUGUCCCCUGGCAGUGCCGAAAAUAACGGCAACGCCAACAUCCUUAUUGCUGCCAACGGAACCAAAAGAAAAGCCAUUGCUGCAGAGGAUCCCAGUCUAGACUUCCGAAAUAAUCCUACCAAGGAAGACUUGGGAAAGCUGCAACCACUGGUGGCAUCUUAUCUCUGCUCCGAUGUAACACCUGUUCCCUCAAAGGAGUCUUUGAAAUUGCAAGGGGUCUUCAGCAAGCAGACAGUCCUUAAAUCUCAUCCUCUCUUAUCACAAUCCUAUGAACUCCGGGCUGAGCUGUUGGGGAGACAGCCAGUUUUGGAGUUUUCCUUAGAAAAUCUUAGAACCAUGAAUACAAGUGGUCAGACAGCUCUGCCACAAGCACCUGUAAAUGGUUUGGCUAAGAAAUUGACUAAAAGUUCAGCACAUUCUGAUCAUGACAAUUCCACUUCCCUCAAUGGGGGAAAACGAGCUCUCACUUCAUCUGUUCUUCAGGGAGGUGAAGUGGAGGGAUCUGAAUCUGGGGACUUGAAGGGGGGUAUGACCAAUUGCACUCUUCCACACAGAAGCCUUGAUACAGAACACACAACAAUAUAUAGCAAUAAUAGCACUGCAAACAAAUCUUCUGUCAAUUCCAUGGAACAGCAGGCACUUCAAGGAAGCAGUAGAUUAUCACCUGGUACAGACUCCAGCUCUCACUUGGGAGGUGUCAAGUUAGAGGGUAAAAAGUCUCCCCUGUCUUCCAUUCUUUUCAGUGCUUUAGAUUCUGACACGAGGAUAACAGCUUUAUUGCGGCGGCAGGCUGAUAUUGAAAGCCGUGCCCGCAGGUUACAGAAACGCUUACAGGUUGUGCAAGCCAAGCAGGUGGAGAGGCAUUUACAGCACCAGCUGGGUGGAUUUUUAGAGAAGACUUUGAGCAAACUGCCAAACUUGGAGUCUUUGAGACCCAGGAGCCAGUUGAUGCUGACUCGAAAAGCUGAAGCUGCCUUGAGAAAAGCUGCCAGUGAGACCACCACUUCGGAGGGACUUAGCAACUUCCUGAAAAGUGACUCGAUUUCGGAAGAAUUGGAAAGAUUUACAGCUAGUGGCAUAUCCAACUUGAGGUGCAGUGAGCAAGCCUUUGAUUCAGAUGUCACUGACAGUAGUUCCGGAGGGGAGUCUGACAUCGAAGAGGAGGAGCUGAUGAGAGCAGAUCCUGAGCAGCGUCAUGUGCCCCUGAGACGAAGGUCAGAAUGGAGAUGGGCUGCAGACCGUGCAGCUAUUGUCAGUCGCUGGAACUGGCUUCAGGCUCAUGUUUCCGACUUGGAAUAUCGAAUUCGGCAGCAAACAGAUAUUUACAAACAGAUACGUGCUAAUAAGGGGUUGAUAGUUCUUGGGGAGGCACCUCCCCCAGAGCAUACGACAACAGACUUACUUCUUCUUAGCUCUGAGGUGAAGACAGAUCAUGGAACUGAUAAAUUGAUUGACAAUAUUUCUCAGCCACUGGAAAGCCAUAGUACCCCUGCUGUUGGUCAUAUUCCAGAGUCAUUGUCUACCAAAUCGUGUGGAACACUGAGGCCUGUCAAUGGAGUUAUUAACACUCUGCAGCCUGUCUUGGCAGACCACAUUCCAGGUGACAACUCUGAUGCUGAGGAACAAUUACAUAAAAAGCAACGAUUGAAUCUGGUUUCUUCGUCAUCUGAUGGUACCUGUGUAGCAGCCCGAACCCGUCCUGUUCUGAGCUGUAAGAAACGGAGGCUUGUUCGACCCAGCAGCAUCGUUCCUCUGUCCAGGAAGGUUCACCGGAACAGCACAGUCCGCUCUGGCUGUGAUGUGAAUCCCUUCUGUGCACUGUGUGGUUCAGGCAGUGUCAACACCAUGCCUCCUGAGAUCCACUAUGAAGCCCCUCUGUUGGAACGUCUUUCCCAGUUGGACUCUUGUGUUCACCCUGUUCUAGCAUUUCCAGAUGAUGUUCCCACGAGCCUGCACUUCCAGAGCAUGCUGAAAUCUCAGUGGCAGAACAAGCCUUUUGACAAAAUCAAACCUCCCAAAAAGUUUUCACUUAAGCACAGGGCACCCGUGCCAGGCAGUCUGCCAGAUCCAACUCGCAAAGACAGGCACAAGUUGGUCAACUCCUUCCUGACAACUGCCAAGCUGUCCCAUCACCAAAGCCGGCCUGACAGGACCCACAGGCAGCACUUAGACGAUAUGGGGGCCGUGCCCGUGGUGGAGCGAGUGACUGCACCAAAAGCAGAACGCUUGCUCAACGCACCGCCACCCGUGCAUGACCCAAACCACAGCAAAAUGAGAUUGCGAGACCAUUCAUCUGAGAGAAGUGAAGUGCUGAAGCAUCACACAGACAUGAGCAGUUCCAGCUACCUGGCCGCUGCCCACCAUCAACCACACAGUCCCUUGGUGCGCCAGCUCUCCACCUCGUCAGACUCCUCUGCACCCACCAGCUCCAGUGCACAGGUUACAGCCAGCACAUCUCAGCCGGUAAGGAGAAGAAGGGGAGAGAGCUCAUUUGAUAUUAACAACAUUGUCAUCCCAAUGUCUGUUGCUGCAACAACCCGUGUAGAGAAACUGCAAUACAAGGAGAUCCUUACUCCCAGCUGGCGGGAGGUUGAUCUUCAGUCUCUGAAGGGGAGUCCUGAUGAAGAGAACGAGGAGAUUGAGGACCUAUCCGAUGCAGCCUUUGCCGCCCUGCAUGCCAAAUGCGAGGAGAUGGAGAGGGCACGGUGGCUGUGGACUACAAGCGUACCGCCCCAGCGGCGCGGCAGCAGGUCUUACAGGUCAUCAGACGGCCGGACCACCCCUCAGUUGGGCAGUGCCAACCCCUCUACCCCUCAGCCCGCCUCCCCCGACGUCAGCAGUAGCCACUCUUUGUCGGAGUUUUCCCACGGCCAGUCCCCUAGGAGCCCCAUUAGUCCAGAACUGCACUCAGCACCUCUCACCCCUGUGGCUCGGGACACACUGCGACACUUAACCAGCGAAGACACCCGAUGUUCCACGCCGGAGCUGGGACUGGACGAACAGUCUGUGCAGCCAUGGGAGCGGCGCACCUUCCCCCUGGCCUACAGUCCCCAGGCCGAGUGUGAGGACCAGCUGGACGCGCAGGAACGGGCAGCCCGCUGCACUCGGCGCACCUCAGGCAGCAAGACUGGCAGGGAGGCAGAGGUGGCGCCCACCUCGCCUCCCGUGGUUCCUCUCAAGAGUCGGCAUCUGGCGGCAACAGUCACAGCUCAGCGCCCGACUCACAGAUGAGUGGGAAAUGCGAAUCUAAACAGACUCACUAACUAUUGGCAUUAAAGCUUCAGAAAUCUCUGCGUUUGAUAUUCAAACAUCAUAUGCCGGAAAUUUUCACAGUUUUUAGUGAAUUUAAGGAAUUUAGAUCCUACUUUGGUAUUUUUUUCUUGUUUUGAUUUUUGUUUUGUUUUUGUUUCCAUGUUUUCUUGUCACACACCUGAGCACUUCUCCAGUUGGCAAACAGAAGUUCAGGAUAAGACCCUGUUGGCCUGGUCCUGGUGUAGCCUCUGCACUGUUGAAUCACUGGACUUACGAAGUUAGAUGAUCACCCUUCUCCUUCACCCCUGUGGGCAGGGUGGAAUGCCAAAAGCGCAGAGGGAAUGGAAAGCUCCAGUUCAGCUUUGCCUUCUUAGGUUAGGGUGGGACAGAGCUAGGCACUCUGGGCUCUUACCCCUUCCCCUCUCAUCAGUGACUUGGUUCAGCUCUGGCCAGGUCCCCAUCUCCCACACCAUGAUCUCCCUCCACCUGCCCGCUGUACUCCCUGAGCCCUCAGCUGGCAGAAAGCUGCUCCCUGUCACCCAUUUUCAGUUUCACUGCAUUCAGCCAUGUGUCGUGACUCCCUCACUGUGACCUGGCUGCAGCUGCUCAGGUUGCCCCAGCCUGUCGCUCUGUACCCUUCCCUCGUGGCUCCCCCAAACGCCAUGCACAACCGGUCCUUCCACUCAGAACGCACUUGCCUCCGGUGCUGGUCUGUGAGGGUGCAGUUAGGACUGCUGCGCCUCUGUUCCCACUCCCCUGCAGGGGCAGCCAUCUCUCCUGUGUGCUGUUGCUUUCACCAGCUGAUCCACUUCCGUGUCAAUUGGACUUUCCUCUUUCACACACCCCUUGCCUGUGGAACAUCGUCUGGUCCUGGCUGUGGUUCCCAUCCCUCCCCCGUUCCCUCCUUUGUUAACCUUGUGCCUGUCUCAUGUAUAAUCACAUCACCAAAGGGGGAGGGGGGAAGGACUUUUUUUUUCCUGCCAUUUUGUAAUCGUAUAAAAAUAGUAGACAAACUGCUUAAUGGUUGGGGUUUUUUCACAAUUUUCAACAUUAGUGAAUUUUUUUUUUUUUUUGGUUCUGUUUGCAAGUUAAAGGGUUUGUCAUUGUUUCUUUCAAAAACAAUAAUGCACCAUAUCCCUAUGCAUAAAGUGCUUCUUCUAUUUAUAAGGUUGAAAAUUCUGAAUAACCCUUUUAGCAUUGUAAAAAAAAAUUGAAAAAAACUGUAUUUUGUAAAUAUUUUCUUUUCCUGCUUUGAGCUGUGUAAUGGCAGCGAAACAUGUAGCUGUCUUUGUUCUAUAGAAAUGCUUUUCUUCAGAGAAGCUGAUCUUUGUUAAUGUCUUGAUUCUGUUCGCAAAGCACAGACUCGUGCUUAAAAAAAAGGAAGGAAAAAUGAAAAAAAUAAUAAAAAAAGAGUUACAGAA